GCCAAAUCGGAGGAAUUUGGAGAAAUCACUUUGAACGGCGAUAUAAUUUUGGGAGAUUGCCGACAUAAAUCCCAUGAAAGAAGCAAAUUUGCGGCAUCUCAUGGAAGAUGGAACAACAAAGUGGCCCCAAGGAGAUGAUUCAGAUCCUGGCUAUUAUAUAGUCAAUUUUAUUUUAGGUGCAAACAAGAAACUAGGUAGGAAGAUUCUCGAAGGAGUAUUCUUAGCGGAUUCCCUGUUCUUGUUUGAG